UAAGAAGACAGAAUAUGAAGGUUCGCAUCAACGCCACCGGUGAUACCAUCGUUUUGAAGUUUGUUCGGCCCAACCCUGAUAUUAAACUCGAAGGCUACAUCCUUGGCUAUGGUUCCAGCAUGUUCUCCAAGCAGUUCAUCCAACUUCCAGAGAAUGGAGAACCCUAUGAGACUGAGAUUGAUGCAGAGCCUAAGUACCUAGUGGCUGUUCAACCCAUCCCAACCAAUGAUGUGAAGAAGCACUGUACAGGUAAGGUGAACCUGGACAAACCUCUUCAUCUGGUGAUCGACUCUAUCACAUCUACGUCAGUGCUCUUGUCCUGGGGAACCUACUUAAAGACGCCAUACGAAGGAAACAUCAUGAACGACUGCUUGGAGGAUGGGCAUUACACAAUCCGCUACCGAGAAAGAAACAGGAAGUGGAUCUAUCAGACCUGUCCUACCACCGAUACUGUGAUUGACAACCUUAAUCCCAACACACCCUACGAGUUUGGCGUCAGACCCAACAAAGACGACCGCAGUGGAGUGUGGAGUAAACCAGUGAUCCACAACACCAACAUGGGAGUUGUUUCAGAGAAAAACAGGAUGACAUACAAAGCCAACCGACCUCCCUUUGCCAAGACUAUGGGGGGAAACCAUGGCAGUCUCUUCCCACCUCGACAUGCUCUCCACAACAAAACCCAGCCAGGACUGUUCAAAAACCCAGGCUUUGUUGGAGCUACCAAGACAUCUUUUGCUCCACCAAUGGGCCAGCAAGGAACUGUUGCUGCUCCAAGAGCCAAUGAGCAGAAAUGGCUUCAGCCCCCAUUGGAUUCAAACAGCCAUAUUAGAAAUGAUUCCUCUCAGCUGGUGGAGAUCCUUCCCGUCCUUCCCCAACUUCUACCCACUAAACCCUCCCAUCCUCCAGUCACCCCUACCCCCUAUUCCCUACCCAACGGUGCCCGGACACAGCACGGACACCCCCAAACCAAGGCACCUAGUGUCACUCAGCAGCCACAUAGUUCUACUGGUAAGAGCAUCCGCAGAGAUCCAGUAUCUUCACUUUCACCCAAACCCAACGAUUCAAUCCUAGCAGUGAACACCAGGAACCAGACAUCACUGGGCAGACACCCUUUAUCUUCUUUGCCUAAUGGCAGGAUACCUUACUCCCCCAGGCUUGGUGACUCCUCCCGAAGAUAUGGGGGUCUUACAGCUGCACGUGUCCCUAUUCCAGCAAAAAAGCCUAAUCUUGUGGGCAAUCCUGGAGGAUUGGGAGAAAAAAGGACAGACCAGAGCCAAGACAAAAACUCGAUCUUGAACCAUAACCUGCCACCUGUGACAACAAAACCAUCCAAACCAAAAACGACUUCUGCUCCAUCAGUGACAGCCCCUCGCUUUGAAACGUGGGAGAACUCUUCAGUAUUCAGCUCAGUUCCUGCUUCUAAAAUUGAUGCCAUGGGCAAAGAACGCUAUAUCGCUCCACACGUGGUGUACAAGACGGACAAGAAACCAGAAGAACCAUGUUCAAUCACUACCUCUUUGAGUUACUUCCCCGAAGAGGAAGGUGGAGAACAAAACGUCACCAACCCUCCAAGAACACCUCCAUCCAACCUCACUGUGGUAACCGUGGAAGGAUGUCCCUCCUUCAUUAUUCUUGAUUGGCAGAAGACUGAUAAUGAGACAACAGAAUACGAAGUUAUCUCAACUACUAAAGGCCCUGAUGGUGAACAGGUUUCCAUUCUGGUCACCAACCAGACUCAUACGGCCGUGGAGAACCUUAAACCAGAAAGCAGUUAUGAAUUCAAGGUGAAGCCUAAGAAUGAGCUCGGUGAAGGGCCUCCCAGUGAGCCGGUGUCUUUCAGCACAGAAUCUGCGGAUCCGCGGGUGAGCGAGAACGUCUCAGGUAAAGAUGCUAUCUGGACCCAGUUCCCCUUCAAAACAGAUGCCUAUUCCGAGUGCAAUGGGAAGCAGUACGUAAAGAGGACGUGGUACCGUAAAUUUGUUGGCAUCCAACUCUGCAACUCCCUACGGUACAAGAUCUACCUGAGUGACUCUCUCAAUGGUAAAUUUUACAACAUUGGAGACCAGACAGGCCAUGGCGAGGACCACUGCCAGUUUGUAGACUCAUUCCUGGAUGGAAGAACGGGUACUCAGCUUCCUGCAGACCAGCUGCCUUCCAGGCCAGGGUUCUACAGAGCAGUGAGACAAGAGCCGGUCCACUUUGGCCAGAUAGGAGGAAACUCCCAUGUUACCUAUGUUGCAUGGUAUGAGUGUGGUACACCAAUUCCAGGGAAAUGGUAGAGGACGAGCAAGUGUCCACAGAGAAGCCUGAAGAACAACUCUCAUUGGUUAUGGGUUGGUGCCUGCUACGGUCACACGACAGGCUUUUUACUGUUUAUUCCACCAAUGAGAGCGAGUUCGGUCACUCCUCAGCUUACAUCCCAAGUUCGUACCAUGUAUAGUAAGUGUACAGGAUCAAAGAGUCAGGGAAUUAUUUUGAGUGCAUUUGUGAUAGUAAUAGCAAAACAAUGCCUCAUCGUUUUAUUUAUCGUACGGUAACUAGAGCAAACUAAAUAGAUAUGAGGAAAAAAACUACUUCAAAUACAUUGACGUGAUGAACGACAUUAAGGAAAAAUACUUUUUAAAUAUUGGGAAGCUGGCUCCCUGAAACUAUUUUGAUAUUUUGUAUAAUUUUAUUUAUCAAAGUUUGUGGUGCCAUGUUUCUUGUAAUGGCUUUCCAGUAUGAAAGGGCUGGGCUUUUGCCUACCGCCGGAGGCAGCUGUAUUAGUUUGGUACUGAUAUUGUAGGUCUCUGAUAUGUCAGAUGUAAAGUUAAACUUGUAUGACUCGUAUGUAUAGCUGGGACUCUUUGCGAUGUUGCUUUUCCCAACACUAUGUACUAGUAAGAGGCUCGAAUCAGGUUACCCACACUAGCAAAGAAAGCAUGGACACAAGAUGCUACGUCUAUGUUUACAAGUUGGUAUGAAAAUUAUGUACGCUCAAACACACCUACAUCCAGUUGCUUUAUAUAUCACGGCUAUAGUCUUCCAGUGUACGCCCUGAUAUAUUUGGUGGUUUUAGAUUGUAAGGAAGACCUUACACUUGCAAUUUGCACAGCAAUGUAUUUAUAUGUAUAUGGAGAAAGUAUUUUUUCAGGAAACCUAUACAAGAAUAAAAAAAAUCUUCCCCUCAAGCUUGUGAAACACAGUCACACCUCUCUUGUUGUUUUCAAAGCCCCCUUUUCUCUCUGUGUUAAACCACAGUAAUUGUUCAAGGAAUCUUGAAGGACAGUUUGUCUGGGUACCAUAUUUUGUACAGUUUUGUCCCUGCCAGUCCUCUUGGCAGAGUAUAUCUGGCUUAUCCGUAUUUUCAUGGAAUUAGUUUGUAAGAUGAAACUGUGUUGUUUGUUGUUGUUUUGGACACAUUCUCUAUUUCUGUAUGUAUUUUACAAUAAUAAAAAACAGACGUGUUUUUUUUUUUAA